CGCAGGCGCUGGGCGACCAUGGGGAGAAGUUCUAGCUGCAGAAAACCACGCAGGGUCUUCUUGAGCAUCUAGGACUGACUGCUCCGCCUUGCCGGGAAUCUGCAGAGCCACCCGGCUGGCCUGCCCCGACUUUCCAUCUCUCCAGGAAAGCAGGCACCGCACACCACCAGGUGGCAGCUCUGCAGGUGCCGGUGCUUCUGAUGGCUGCCUGCGCCGGGGACUGGUGGCUUCCUCUGGGACACCACUUCUGUUGAUGCUUAAGCUUCAUCUUGCGCCCUCAGAGGCCAUGACUUAGGUGAAAGGAGACCAUUUUCCCAGCCCCCUGGUCUCAUGCAGCCAUUCAGCAUUCCCGUUCAGAUUACACUCCCGGGUGGCCGGCGACGCCAGGGGAAGGCGGCCUCUUCUGCCUCAGAGAGGAAGAGAAAGGUAGACCACAAUGAUGGAGACCCACCAGAUGUGCACAAGAAGCUACCGUCCAGUGCUGGGGAGGACCGAGCCAUGCUGCUAGGGUUUGCAAUGAUGGGCUUCUCAGUCCUGAUGUUCUUCUUGCUUGGAAUAACCAUCCUAAAGCCCUUCCUGCUCAGCACUCAGAGAGAAGAAUCAAACUGCACUGUCGUCCACACGCAUGUCACGGAUGACUGGGUGGCCUGGGCUUUCACCUGUGGCGUGGACUGCCAAGGUCAGGGCCAGUACCCAUGUCUUCAGGUAUUUGUGACCCUCACCCAUUCAGGCCAGAAAGCUCGCCUACAUUAUAACGAAGAGGCUGUCCAGAUAAAUUCCAAGCAUGAUGUUACAGACUGCAAAGUUCAAGAAAAGCAGACAUUGACAGUUUCCGAUGAGCACAAACAGUAAGUGCAGUCACAGGCCAAACUUCUUGCUAGGAACAGCAAGACUGGGAGGUCGUCUUAAAUUGAGUGACACUGGAUUAUUCUAUAUUCUCAGUACAGGAACACAUGCAUCUUGCUGUGUCAAAUACUUUUUGGGCCAUCAUUAAAAGAACAUUGAAAGACAUUUUUCUCCUAAUUAAUGCAGUAUACCACAGGACUUCAACUCACUGAAUGACAAAAUAUAGAGAAAUAGAUCUGCUACAACAAAUGGGGCUAAAAAGGGUGGUGGGAGCUCCUUUUUGAAGCUUCUGAAGUCAACAUUUGAUGUGUUAGUAGUCUUCUUUUGGUAGUGCCACAUUCCUUAAGAUAUUAAAGUGUUAUGUUCCAGAAGGAUAUAUUCUUUUAGAUUUUAUUCAACCCAAUUAAGUCUGAGGACUGAAUCACAUUGAAACUAUUAGUGCAUUUGAAACUUAGGUUCCAUAGCCAAAAAUAUUUCUAGAAAUCAGAGGAAGGCCAAGCUCUCCAACCACUCUUAUGAGCAUAAAUUAAAUCUGAUAAGAGGCUUUUUCUUAUAAAAUCAAUAGAUGACCACAUUUGGAAAUUCAUACUAGAAUUAAGUAGUUUAGUCUUAUUAAAGAUAUUUUGAGAAAAUAUAAAACAAUGGUUUUCUGCCUCCUUGCUAACCUAGGAUUAACAAAAAUAAGAAUCACCUAAAAAUAUACAUGGCUCUUAGCAUAACCACAAAAUUAUUGCAGUGACAGAUUAAAUAAGGUUUCAGAUAGAUUCAUAGACUUAAUUGGCUUACAAAACACAUUAAAAAACUCUUUCCAUACUUACCAACGUGAGGAAUGGAGUCUACUGUUGGUAAUAAAAUUCAGUUACCCAACUACACUAAACGUGCAAUGGAUUGAUUCUACUUUUUUUCUCCCUGCUAAAACUCUCUAUGUAAUUGUGUAAAAGUUAAGUCAGAAAAUGUCCUUUCGGCUCCUGUCACUUUAUGCUAACUAGCAUGGCUGUAAUAUUAAUAUCUAAAACUAAGCAAGAUGAAUGGUGCUACACUGAUAAAAAGGAAGUGCAAAACCUUCAUCAAGUGGAAUACUUGAAUGAAAUAAGCUUAUUUAAAAACUAACAUCCCAACUUGGGAAACUCCUAAUAAAUUCUCAACUCUUCUGAACUUUAGAACCUUGAUGUUUACACCUUUUAUGAAAUAUGCCUCUUGUCCAGGGCUAGCAAGCAGCAUGUAUACAAAUAGAAAUGUGUGGAAAUAUACACACAUCUAUUUCACUAAUAAAGAAGAAAAGAGAACAAACCUAAUUUCAAAUGCCGAAUUCAAGAAUCUAGUACCAUGAACCUCCUGGCACUAUAUAGCCUUUUCCAAAUGGCUCGAGCAAUGAUUAAAUUUUAACCAAAGAAUUUUCUUAAUGUCUUCAACACCAUUAAAAACAAGGCAUGCCAACUCUGACUUUAUAAAUCUAAAAUACAGUUCUCUGCAAAUUUCUGUAAUAUCAGAGCCUGAAGUAUUAAAUUGUGACUCAUCUAUUUUUUUCCGUACUAACCUUCUGAGGUAGAGUUACCAAUCCAAUUUUAUCAGGACCAUAGUUAUCUUGAGCUAAACCCUAUAUAUCUUUUCAGAAAGUGAAAAUAACUUUUAAGAGAAAAGAAAAAACGCUUCCCAGGCCAUAGCACGUAAGAUACAUUUACAACUUUUAAUGUAAUAGUUAAAAAAUAAAAAUGGUUUGUGUUUAUAUUUUAAAAAACAGCCCAGCUGUAUUAUUCUCUGUCACCAAGAAUUAUUAUCUGAGGACCCUGUCAAUGCUGAAUUUUAUGGUUCAGCCUUCACAAUCCCGUCCUUGGUGAAGAGUUAACUCCCUCACGGUAUGCACAAUAUACUCUCACAACUUUCAGUCUUCUCUUAGUGCCCCAUCUGAGCAGGAUGGAUAAGAAGAAUGUAAUUCAUUCAAACAACUCCUCCUUGUUCUGCCCCUCUCUCCACAUUCCCCUCUUCUCAAAAACAUCUGCAGUACGAAAGUUGUUUCUAAAUAGUAGAAGCACCACAAUCUAUUAACACCACAUAUGGUCUUUAAAGUGAAAUAUUUUAGUGAUGUCUUGGACAUCAAAAUCAAUUUUUAAGGUGGAUUCUGAGUGUGUGGGUCCAGCCCAGGUCUGCAGUUUAUACAGACACACAAAAAGAACUUAUUCAGAAAAAGUUAAACUGCUGGCUUUAAAAUAAUGCUGGAAAUUAAAUUUCUUCAAGAGUUGGAAAGCAUGGGCUAUUGGGCAGAAUAUGAAUUAAAUGGAUUACAAAAUCAUUAAAAAACAAAUCCCAGUUUAUGUGCUAUGAAAUUUCCAUGGUGCCCUUAAAAUAGACAGGCUGCUCAUAAUUUUUUUAUAAUGCCAAAUUACUCAAUUUUUGAUGGAAAAAAGAAUACAGAUGGACUGUGUUUUACCUAUGUGAAAAUCACCAAUCAAUUUAAAAUAAAAUCCAAGGUGGUAUAUACAUUCUAAUCAAGUCAUUGAUUAUUUUCCUAGUUAAUAAGAACUACACUUUACACAAAAUACUUUAUCAGCAGCUGUUUUCAUCAAAAAACCAAUAGUCAUAGUUUCACAGUUGAAAAAGUUACACAUUAAAAUAUUUUACAAUUCAUUAUAUAUUCACCAGGUUCUCAUUUUCUAAAGGGCUUGUAAUAUAAAGCAGAUUAGAAGGGAAAACUUCAAAGUUGAUUACUUUGACACUAAGUUUUACAGAGGACACUAAGAACCACAAAAAGCUUAGGGUCUAUCGUAAAAUAGUGACCGAAUUCCAUUCUUGUUUAAAAAAUCCAAUUAGAAACAUCUUUUUUAAAAAACCAAAUUCCACAAUAUGAUUAACAGAUUUCAAAUUAACAGCAGUCUAAAAA